AUGACAGCAGUGUCUCCCGUACACAAUCAAAGCAGCCGCAUCCCUACCAACCAGAAUGGCAGUGCCGGAUCCCCCCGACAGCAGCAGCAGCAGCAACAGCACAACGCACAGCAGCAGACACAGCAACCCAGGCCACAGACACUGACACCGACGCGGGAAUCCGCCGCCAAUGGGUCGAUGGCCAUGCAGACGCUCGUCCUGACGGUCAACAAGGACGCGACCGGGUACGGCAUGAAAGUAUCCGGCGAUAAGCCAGUGUUCGUUGAGAGCGUUAAACCGGGCGGUGCGGCACGGCGGGCAGGGCUAAUGCCGGAUGAUAUGAUACUGAAGGUCAAUGGAACAUCCGUGCGAGCGUUAACCCACACAAACGUCGUGGAACUCAUCAAAGCAUCGGACGUCGUUGAGCUAACCGUACAGCGUGGCAGCAACAGAAUGCAGCGACCAUCGCCAUCGACCAACUCCAUCGCGCCGAUGACGCCGGUUGCGCAACGGAACAGCAUCACCGCUCCACAGCCCGUUGAUUGUGCAAAGCAACGGGAGAUGGAAGUGCACAAGAUGAAUACGUUGCAGUUAAUGCUUGAUCAGGUGAAGAAAAACCGUGAUAACCUUAUUGCAAGCAACAAACCGCGCGUUGAAGUUGAACGGGCCAAUGCGACGAUCCAGAAGCUGGAAAAGGAACUGCAACAAAUGCUGGGCGAGCCCGGCUCGUAUCCGGCGUUCAGCCCCUCGUCGCUCAGCUCACCGCCCUUGUUUCCGCAGCCGCAACUCCCAAAUAGUGGGACCACCACCUCUACCACGCCCGCCUUUUUGUCGCGCUUCCCGCGCUCGCUAUCCUCGCUGAGCCUGGGCACGAAGAAGAAAUCGUCCGACUCCAAAGAGAUAACCUCCCCGACGGCGGCGACCUUGUUCGGUUCACCCGAGUGCCUUAGCCCGACCGAUGGUGGCGGUCCGUUCGGUGGCGGUGGAUUAACGACAUCCGGCAGUUCUGGCGGAACGCCUACCAAGACGAAGAAGUACAGCGCCAGCAGCGCAGCCGAUCACCAUCACCAUCACCAUCUGCACGGUAAUCAUCAUGGGCAUCACAUGAAUCGGAGUGGGCAUUUUGGCGGAGGUAGUAAACAGCAGCAAAACUCAUCGGACAUACCGCCACCGCUGCCACAGCGCAACAACAUUCCAAAAAAGUCCGAAGAUAUGGUAGACAUGAUGCAGGUUGGAUCGCGCCACAAUAUCCUCGUGUCGGAUCUGGACCAUCAGCUCGUAACGCAGGAUACCGCCAGCCUCCAUUCGGCGGGUUCGUCCGGUUCGGCCAGCUCAAAAGCUAGCGGGGGCGGUGGCAAAUCGUCCCGGGGCAAGAAGAAGAAUGGCAGUGGAAGCGGUGGUGGUGGCACUCACAAUAGCAACAAUAAAAACAAUAACACUAGUAACAACAUAACGAUGGAGCCACCAGCAGUAGGGGAUGGAAAAUUGUCCUCGGGUAUUAUGGCCACUGCAACCAGCACGACAGAGUUGCAGGCAGAGCCACCACCCUUACCGCCACGGCAACCCGGCAUGCUGGAGGUGGUGAACCAGAAUCUCAUUAUGAACAGUGACAACAACGCGGGUAGCAACUGCGCCAAUAGCACUGCGGGCACCGGCACACCCAAUGGAAAUAACAACGGCGGCAGCAGUGUUGGUGGACGGGGCACCAUCGAGAUGCGUCCACCACCGAACAGUAUCAAUACGCUGAUGAACUAUCCGCUCAUAACGACCUGUACGCCGGUGCGGGACAAUAUGACCGCCGCCUUUCCGCUUUCCUACCGACCGAACAUAGUGCACCAGAUGCAGCAGCAUCAGCAAACCACCGCGAUGAAUCAAGCGGCCGCAGCAGGCGUGAACCAAUCGAUCAACAAGAAGCAUCGACGGAUCGUGUCGUCACCGGAAAAUAUCGGUUCGAAGGAUUUCGGUAUGGUGGGUGAUCACCAUCAUCACGGCUAUCGGCAUCACAAAACAUCGUCCGACUCAUGGGACAAGCGAUCGGAGAUAACGCCACCGGGCACACCACCUCCACCGUACCUGAGCACAUCGAUGACCGGCAGUGGUAGUCCGGGGGGCGUCGGUGGGCAUCAUCACCAUCAGCACCCGCAUCAUCAGCAUGGUGGUCAUCUGCAUCACCAUGAGCAUACCACUGCCGGUGAUCUGGCAAUUGCAAAUCCUCUCAGUAGCAUUAAUAACAACCACCACAGCACAGCAGGAAACAAUGGCACCAACAAUGCGAGUGGUAACAACAAUUUCAACAACAUUAACAACAAUAAUGGUGGAAGUCAUAUGACGUCCUCCUAUCAUACGCACCACCAUGCACAGUCACCGGUCGGUGGGACGAAUGCGGGUACCGGCGGCACAGUGCCGGGAAGUAUCGUUGCAGCGCAGGCAAACGUCGCCCAAAAGCCGAUCAUCUCGAUGGAGGACGAUGACAUCUCGGACCAGGAGAGUUUUAUCGAAGAAAACAGUCCGUUCCGUUCGCUGGCGCAACUGCUCGAGGCGGAAAAGUCCGUUUAUCUGGCGGUGUUUCUGAACUUUGUGCUCACCAAUUCUGACCCAGCAGCGUUGCUGUUCUAUCUGAUUACGAUGCUGUACAAGGAAGGCAGCGUCAAGGAUAUGCGCAAGUGGGCGUACGAGAUUCAUUCGACAUUCCUGGUACCGGGAGCGCCGCUACUGUGCGCGAACGUGGACGAAGCGCUGGCACGCGACAUCGACGACGUGCUGCAGAAGGAGAAUGAUAAGGCGGAAAUACUGCGUAUGGUGUUCUGGCGCAGCCGGCUGAAAGCAAAGGAAACCAUCAACCAACAGCUGCAGCAAUUUCAGACGAAGCGCACCGCUGGGCUCGGUACGAUGUUCGGACCGAACGAUCAGCUGUUGCAAAUGGCCAAAGGUGACAAGGUGAAGGAGCAGCGAAUCAUUGACGAAACACUGCUGCCUAAGCUGCAACAGUAUCUUGAUGACCUCGAACGUGAAUCUCCAAAGGAGGAUCCAAAGAAGUCGGCCUUAUGUUCGGCUCUGUCGACCGUACUGAUGCGGUUUUUCGUUACCCGCUGCAAUCCCGGCGGACCGAUCGACAAGGUACACCACUUCGUCAGCCGCGAGAAAAGCUUCAAAAGUCGGCUCAUGACCAAAAACCGGAAGCAAACGAUCCUCGGCCACAACCUUCACCUACAACCGUACUACGAAGUGACCCGUUGCAAUCACUGUCAAAACAUUCUCUGGGGUGUUAGCCCACAAGGCUACCAUUGCACUAACUGCGAGUUGAACAUUCACCGGGCUUGUGCAAAAGAUCUGACCGAGUGCUGUCCUGGACCGGCGAUACAGAAGAACGACAGCAAAAUCACUAAACUCAUGGAGAAAAUCUCAAGCCGGAAUCAUCAUCAAGAUAAAUCUCGCCGUCAUGAUGAUGAUGCGACUGGAGACGACACGACAAUUAGUGAGCGAGGAACCAACACAUCGUUAGCACGUCAGCCAUCGGACCGCCGUCAGGACCUGAGUGGACAGCUAGCUAACACUAGUGGCACAUCUGACCAUCUCAACAGCUCAUCGUCCGAUGCCUACGGUUAUAAGCAGUCCGUGGACGAUGAUCAGUUCCGUGAAAAUGUCAAAUCCAAAUCUGCCCCGGUAUCGGUAAACCGAUCCGAGUCGUACAAGGAAAGAUCGCAGAAGAAAACACGCACCACGCGACGGAAAACGUCCGAUCCGAGUCUGACAAAAACGGCUGACGAACAAAAUGAAGCGUCCUCGUUGGCCAAUAACAACUAUUCCAGCAGUUCCACAUCUAGUCUUCCAUUGGCACUGGACAGUCGAUCGACCUCCCUGGAGGCGGUCAGUGGUGGUGGUACCGGUGCAACGACUGCGGCCUGCUCGGCUGGUCCAGCAGGAACCGUCAGUGGUAUAAACCCGACCCACUCACCGGGCGGUGUCCUUCCCGCGAGUGUAUCGACCGUAAGCGGCACGAGCGUUGUGCAUGGUGUCGGCACCGGCUCAGGCAGUGGCCCCGGAGGUCUGAACGUUCCUACCGCCCGCGAAUGGAUCGACAGCGAUGACGAGGGUACGGUCGAACCGGAAGCCGACUGGAGCUCGAACAUCCCGCCCGAAAUUCUCUCCACCCUCGGUGAUCUGGAAAAGAAGCGCCAGGAGGUGAUCAACGAGAUCUACCAGACUGAGCGCAAUCAUGUCCGCACGCUGAGGCUGCUGGAGGGUAUCUUCAUGCGUCCGCUCCAGGAAUCUGGUGCAUUACCGCACGAGCUGCUAAAUCUAUUGUUUCCACACUCGCUGAUCCACCUGAAAGAUCUCCAUACCGCGUUCGAGUUGAAGCUCAAACAACGACGCAAUGAGCACGCAAACGUCGUACGUGAGAUUGGUGAUCUGUUGUUGACCAUGUUUGACGGACAAACCGGCGAUGAGCUGAAGGAACAUGCGGCACAUUUCUGCGCUCGGCAACAGAUCGCCCUGGAGGCGUUAAAGGAGCGUCGGAAAAAGGAUGAACAGUUGCAACGACUUCUGACGAAAGCCGAAUCUCACAAAGCAUGCCGACGACUGCAGCUGAAGGAUCUGCUACCAACAGCUCUACAACGGCUGACCAAGUAUCCGCUACUGUUUGACAAUUUGUACAACUUUACCGUGCGCAGCUCGCCGAAAAAUGAGAGCGAAGCACUCGCCAUCCGCAAGUCACACGAGUCUGCCAAACGGAUACUGGAUCACGUCAAUCAGGCGGUGCGAACGGAGGAGGAUAUGCAUAAGUUAUUAACAAUUCAACGCAAACUCGACAAGAGUGGGCUUGAUAAGGAUGCUUCUAUUGAAUUUAGGAAUAUUGAUCUUACCGUACGUAAGCUAAUCCACGAUGGGCCUUUAACGAUGAAGAAGAAUCCAGGUGUACAACUGCAUGGACUGCUGUUCGAAGAUAUAAUGGUGUUGCUGCAGAAGCAGGACGACAAGUAUCUUGUCAAGUAUCACUCUAGUCCCGGGCUCGGCGGAAGCGAAAGCAAGUACGCCGAGGGCCGCUUUAACCCGAUCACCAAAAUCCAUCUCAUUCUGGUGCGACAAAGCGCCGUCGACAAAAAUACGUUCUUCCUAAUCAACACCAACGUCUCGCAGAUGCUGGAACUGACCGCACCGAGCAGCACCGAGUGCAAAACAUGGUUUAAGCAUAUUUCCGAUGCCGCCGAUGCGUACAAAGCACGUACCAAAGGAACGCAGGAGUACGGUGACGAGAGUGCCGGUGGUGCUGGUCAUCCACCGAAGGACAGCUUCGAAACCGUUACCGAGACGCAGAAGAUCGAACAAACCUCGACCCCGAUCGAGCGGUUAGAGCGCAAGGAUACGCAGUGUCGGGCGGUGAGCAGUAGUGCCGGCGGCCAUCAGCUGCAACCUUCAACAGGCCCGGCCGGACCGGCUGGUAGUGCUUCCCACGGUGGUCCGGGAUCGGUCGGUCACCAUGCGCACACGGGCCCCGUCGGUCCCGGCGGCCGUUCGGUGGAUGAAUCCCGUCUAUCGAGCGGUCCCGGUGGUGGCGGUACGGCCGGUGCUAACGCCAACGAAACGGAAGAUAAUCUGGAGAACGAAGAGAAGGAAAAGUACAAGCGGACGCAGCGGCACGGUUCGCAGGAGUGUAAUGGUGGCGCGGCAACGGAUGAUGACGAGCCCGACGAUGAGCAGUAUGCGCGCGGUCAGCAUCCCGGUGGUGGUGGCCGUGGGUCAAACAACACACGAACGAUCACGCAGCAAUGUUCGCUGGUCGCACCUAGUGAGAUUCAUGUUAGUGUGAGCGCCACCCUAACGGCGGAACCGAUCCUAACACCGGCGGAGCAACUGCGACGGUACGAUCAGCUGAUCCAGAAAACGCUCGCCAGCAAGCAACGUGUCGUGUGUGAUAUGUUCAAGGUGCCGGAUGAACAUUUCCAGGCGAUCGCCGAUAUCGCGGCCCAGCCGGAAGCACCAAAGGAACCGACCGACAUUGUGCUGGCCGCGUUCGCCUACGGUCAAACGCUGAUGGAAAUCCUGAGCGAGUGUAUGCGCGUGACGGAGACCCAACAGAUCAGUGCCGUUUCCACCUCGAUUUGUGAUGAGUGUAGCGUGCGCGGUCACAGCAAGAACCACAUUCCGUCGAUUACCACUAAUGCCGCCGCCAAAGAAUCAAUCGAACCGACCGUACCGACGAUAGGUGGUGGUGGAGUAGGUCCACCUGUGCCUUCCGCACCCGGUGCACCAGCAAUGGUGGCCGGUGCAGCGACACCUACAUCCACCUCCCAGCAAACACCGUUGCAACCGAUCGGUAUAGUUUCGCAAGAUCCGGCCGUCAACAUCACGGAGGAUGAGGACGGAUACUGUGAAAUCGAUGAAGUUCGUGCUGCCGCUGUACUACUAGCCGAAAAUGAAAAGGCGAGAAAGCUGACAGAAGCAUCCAAACUUGCUGCUGCCGCUGCAGCAUCAGGAACUACUGCUGUAGAUACCUUAGACGACGGUGUUGUUGGGAGUGGUGAUGUUGGUCGCGCACCGAAAUCUCCCGAAUCUCACAUAGAGAUUAACGAGAACUAUGACUCAACGAUGAGUCCAUCCAUGACGCAAAAAUACUCUGGAAGUCUGGGAGGGGAACUAUGUGGCAAGAAUCGAUUGCUUCACGCUUCGACCCUUGCCCCAACCGUACCGUGCCAUCUGAUAGCGAACUACGUAACUGGUUUGAAUGCCCAGAUUUCGCAGCUCUUGCAUAAAAUCAAUGAGAAGGAUAUAGAACGGGAACAUCUGCGACGGGAAAAUCAACAUUUGCGGGAGCUGCUGAAUGCAAUGCAUCAGGAGCGUGUUUUAGAAUCACAGGAAACCAAUCAAGAUCAGCAGCAGCUCGCAACUGGCGAUGAACAACCGACGUCAUCUUCCUUUUCCACGCUGGGCUCAGAAGCGGCGGCAAACAAUCAGCCACAGCAGCAGCAACACCAGCAAACGUCUCCAUUGCCGGAGGACCUUACAACCGGGCCAACCGGAAGCAGUGCACCAACAGUGCCUACGGACUGA